AUGCUCAUCGUCUGGCUCACCGAAGGUCACCCGCACUACUCCUCCAUGAACACCGGCCAGAGCAUAGCCUACAUCUCCGACAUUGGCGCGCAAGGCCUGCAGCCCCUCUUCAUCGUCGGCUGCAUCAUCACGACCGUCUUCCUCGACCUCUCCUUCGCCGCCGAGCGCUGGCUGCGGCACACAGGGCGUCUCGCCAAGAACCUCGGCGUAGCGGAAAAGGUGUUGAGUGGGCUGAGCAUCGUGUUUGCGGUGGCGGGAACAUGCGGGCUCAUUCUCCUAAGUAUCUUCGAUACAGUGGAUCAUCCGAAAUUGCAUGAUGGGUUCUUGCUGCUGUUUAUGGCGGGUUAUGUCAUCAGUGCUAUUUUCAUCUGCGCGGAGUAUCAGAGGCUGGGGAUGCAUUUCCGCCAGCAUCGGGUGCUGAGGAUUAGUUUUUGGUUGAAGUUGACGUUUAUUUUGGUCGAGAUUGGCCUGGCGAUCGUCUUUGCUGCAACAAUAUUCGGUUCGCAUCAGAAUGUGGCUGCCGUUUUUGAGUGGGUCAUCGCCUUCAUCUUCACGCUCUACGUCCUUACUUUUGUCGUUGAUCUCUUGCCGGCGGCUAAGACCUCUCAACAACACACGAAUGAAGAUGCCAUGCACCGACUGGAGAUGCAGAAUGCGGCGGACGGUGUGGCGGGUGGAGACUCAAAUCCCAUGAACGGCACGACUGGAGCUGCUCCAGUAAAGGCACCGGGCGCAGCCCAUAAUUUUUAG